AUGGCAACCGCGGCGUCUCUUUCCCUGAAACCGCCGGCGAGAUUCUUAUGCGGCGGAGAUCGGCGAAAGAGAACCGCAGCUGGAUUCUCAGUCGCACGAGCUUCUCAAGGAAACAAGUUUCAUGAGAGCAUGGUUCGUCUCUCUGCCUCGACUGUUCUUAUCCUCGGUUUAAGCCUCCGCGUCUGCUCUCCGGCCUCCGCUAGAUUACCUCCGCCAGUAAUCUCUACUCAAUCAGUUACACAGAAUGAAAUCGAGUCAGAAACUGUAGUCGUUGAAGAUGAAGAGAGAAGACUGGAAGCAGAGUUCGAAGCGUACAAGGCUAAAGUGUACUCUCUGACCGUACCGCUGAAACUCGCUGCCUUGCGUGGUUCGGUGCCACCUUCAUGGAUCAAGGAGUUCAUUAGCUCACAAGGGAAGAGAGUGAGGUUAAAGACGAGGUUCUUGGCAAAUCUUGAAGACAUUUUCUUUGAUCUAUCGAAGCCUAGUAUUAACAAAGGGAAGAAAGGUUCUACUGAUAUGAUCAGCCUUGGUGAUUCUUGGCUUAGUUUUGCAAUCAAGGAGAAGCUUAUUGAGCCGAUGAAGGGUGUAGAGGAUCAAGACUGGUAUAAAGGCUUGAGUGAUAAAUGGAAGGUUUAUCUCCGCAGGAACUAUGUUGGAGAGCAAGCUCCUGACGGUGAAAUGUGGGCUGUUCCAUACCGAUGGGGCACCAUGGUUAUAGCAUACAAGAAGAGCAAGUUUCAGCAGUAUAAAUUGGCUCCAGUACAGGACUGGGAGGAUCUGUGGCGACCCGAGCUUGCAGGGAGGAUCUCAAUGGUGAAUUCUCCUAGGGAGGUUGUUGGUGCUGUACUCAAAUACAUGGGAGCAUCAUACAACACCACAGACCUGGAUUCACAAGUUACGGGUGGAAGAAUCGCUGUGGAGAAGAACCUGGCAUCGCUUAUGAAACAGGCAAUCCCAGCUAUAUCUAACUCUGGUAAAGAAGUUGAAGCGCUAGGAGGACGAGUCCGAGGCCCAUCUCCAUUAAUCCACCAGUGGAUAGAGUUCUGCUUGCAACCCGCAAGAUCAUUACCCUUCACAAGGGAAGUGAUCCCAGGUGCGUCUCCUUCAGCUAUUGAGGGUCCCCUGGUUAGAGAACCUGAAGAAACAAAGAAAAGCAGAGCAAAACUGGACACGAACCUCGUCUCGGGUGUUCCUCCUCCAGAGAUCUUGUCUAAGUGUGAGUUCUUGGAACCUUUACCAGAGGCUACGCUAUUGAAAUACAGGCUUCUGAUCGAUACUGUACGGAAACAAAGAGACGGACAUGGCCUUAAGGAGAAGCUUCAGGACAUUUUUUCGAGUUUAAGGACAAAGCUUCACUCUCAGAUGAAGACAAACACUUAAAGAGACUUGUCAACAACAAAAAAAUGGAUACAUAAUCAAUUGUAUGAUUACAUAGAGCAACUUCCUUUGGAAAACUAGGUCACAUACCAUGUAACUCGGUCAAAGUAUAUUUUUAUAAGGGUCGACAAUCAAUUUCCCCACGAGAAGUAUCGUAUAACACCAAAUGUUCAUGAAACUAUGACCCCGUUCUAUUUAUCCCUGAGAAUAAAGUUUGCAAUCUAU